AUUGGGAUCUGUGGCCGAACAGGCAGUGGAAAGUCAUCCUUCUCUCUUGCUUUCUUCCGCAUGGUCGACAUGUUUGAAGGGAGGAUCGUCAUUGAUGACAUUGAUAUUGCAAAGCUGCCCUUGCAGACCUUACGAUCCCGACUCUCCAUCAUCCUCCAGGACCCCAUCCUCUUCAGUGGCACCAUUCGGUUUAACCUGGACCCAGAGAAGAAAUGUUCUGACAGCACCCUGUGGGAAGCCCUGGAGAUCGCCCAGCUAAAGCUAGUGGUGAAGGCACUGCCAGGGGGGCUAGAUGCCAUAGUCACGGAAGGUGGGGAGAAUUUCAGCCAGGGACAAAGACAGCUCUUCUGCUUGGCAAGGGCCUUUGUGAGGAAGACGAGCAUCUUCAUCAUGGAUGAGGCCACAGCCUCCAUCGACAUGGCCACGGUCAGUUCCGGGGUCUAAGGUCAGUCCUAGGUGGUGAUGGUUGGCGAGUUAAGAAGA